AUGGCAAAGACUGGGACUGAAAAGGUCCAGAGACCGAGAAAGAGAAAGCAAGAGCCAUUUUCUGAUGAAGAUGGAGAUGUGGACUCAUCAGAAAGCGAUGAGCUUACAGUCGCUGGUCUCAUAGAUGACGAAGCCAGCGAGAACAGUGACGAUAGCGACGAGGAAGAGCAGAGCUCAGAAAUUGACUCAGAUGAUCAAUUUAAUGAAAUGAUUGGAGAAGAAGGUGAUCUAAGCGAUGUCGGAUCGGUAGAUUUCUCUGACGAGCCCAAGGAUGAUUCUACGUCACUCACUGAUAAGUUGUCUAAUGUAAGAAUAAAGUCAUUUUCUACAGAUGAUGAUGAGAAGGAAGGGUUUAGAGCAAAGUAUUCAGAUGGGCUGCUCAGAAUAGUUAAGCCAGAGAUCGAACCCGUCUACGAUAGCGAUGACAGUGAUCAUGAUAAUUUCAACACGAUCGGAAAUAUCCCGUUGUCUGCUUAUGAUGAGAUGCCUCAUAUUGGUUAUGACAUUAAUGGUAAGAGAAUUAUGCGACCUGCUAGAGGUUCUGCCUUAGACCAGUUAUUAGAAUCGAUUGACUUACCUGAAGGAUGGACAGGUUUGUUGGACCAGAACAGUGGUAAGUCAUUAAAGUUGACCGAUGAGGAAUUAGAUUUAAUUAAAAAGAUUCAAAACCAGGAGAACACUGAUGAAAGUAUCGACCCAUACGAACCAACUAUUGAAUGGUUUACUUCUAAGACAGAGGUUAUGCCUUUGACGGCUGUACCUGAGCCUAAGAGAAGAUUCGUUCCCUCUAAGCACGAAGCGAAAAGAAUAAUGAAAAUUGUGAGGGCCAUUAGAGAGGGUAGGAUAGUUCCUCCCGGAAAAGCAAAAGAAGAGAUCGAAGAAGCGCAAUUAAAUUAUGAUUUAUGGAAUAAUGAGCAGGAAGGUAUUGAUCAUAUCAUGAACUUGAGAGCUCCUAAAUUACCUCCUCCAACAAAUGAAGAAUCUUACAAUCCACCUGAAGAAUAUUUGUUUAAUGAAGAAGAGAAAAAGAAGUGGGAAGAAAUGGAUCCAGAAGACAGGGAGACAAAUUUCAUUCCACACAAAUUUAAUGCGUUAAGAAAGGUCCCCGCUUAUGGUGAUAGUUUGAGAGAGAAGUUCGAAAGAUGCUUAGAUUUAUAUUUGGCUCCAAGAGUUCGCCACAAUAAAUUGAAUAUCGAUCCUGACAGUUUGAUUCCAGAGUUACCGUCUCCAAAGGACUUGGGUCCCUUCCCAAUCCGUUGCUCUACGAUAUAUAAAGGUCAUAAUGGCAAAAUACGUACCUUAUCCAUAAAUCCUCAGGGAAUAUGGCUAGCUACUGGCUCAGAUGAUGGAACGGUCCGCUUAUGGGAAGUUUUGACAGGAAGAGAGAUAUACAAAAUAUCUUUGAUUAAAGAGGACAAUAAAGAUGAUCACAUUGAAUGCUUGGAAUGGCAUCCUGAUGCCACAACUGGUAUUUUGGCCGUUACAGCUGGGGAAAACAUAUACUUGAUUGUUCCACCAAUUUUUGGUUUUGACAUUGAAAACGCCGGAAAGCUUAAAAUUGAAAGUGGAUGGGGAUAUAACAAAUUCGGAAAUACCCAAUCAAAUAUGAAAAUGGCAAACGAAAGUGAAGAAGAUGCAAACGAAGAAAACAACACGACCUCUGAAACACCAAAGAAGGAAGUCGCAAAGUGGUUAACACCAUCUCCAGAUCAAGCAGCGCUUGGGGUGUCUGCGAUUAUUCAAUGCAAGAAAAACAUCAAAACUUUAUCUUGGCAUAGGAAAGGUGAUUACUUUGUCACAGUUGCUCCAGAAAGCAAAAACACGGCUGUUUUGAUUCACCAGUUGUCCAAGCAUUUAUCACAAUCACCAUUCAGAAAAUCUAAAGGAAUUAUUGUUGACGCCAAAUUUCAUCCAUUUAAGCCCCAAUUAUUUGUAGCCUCACAAAGAACCAUAAAGAUUUAUGACUUGGCUCAACAAGUACUCUUGAAGAAGCUAAUGCCAGGGGCUCGUUUAUUAUCAUGCAUUGAUAUUCACCCAAGAGGAGACAAUUUGCUAGCAUCCUCCUAUGACAAAAGGGUAUUGUGGCAUGAUCUCGAUUUGUCUGCUACUCCAUAUAAAACUUUAAGGUAUCACGAAAAGGCAGUUAGAUCUAUCAAGUUCCAUAAAGGAAACUUACCGCUAUUUGCAUCUGCAUCUGACGAUGGCUCAAUUCAUGUCUUCCAUGGAACUGUUUACGAUGAUUUAAUGACUAAUCCAUUGUUAGUACCUUUGAAAAAGUUAUUGGGUCACAAAGUGACGAACAGCAUUGGAAUCAUAGACUUGGUUUGGCAUCCAAAGGAAGCCUGGCUAUUCAGUGCAGGAGCAGAUGGUACUGCCCGCUUAUGGACCUCGUAG